AUGAAGGGGAAGCUCGGAAGAAUCACUGUCAUGGUGGCGGUGCGCGUGAGCGUGGACCUGGUGGCGGCGGCGCAGCAGCAGUUCCGCCUGCUGCGCGCCGUGGACUGCUGCGCGGGCCUCUACUCCGGCCCCGCCGUGCGCCGCGCCAUCCGCAGGUACGAGCGGUGCUGGCUGCCGCUGCUGGACGAGCUUCAAGGGGGGCGGCUCGCAGCAGCAAGCAGGGGUGGAGGAGAAGCGGAGCUGCCAUCGUACCUCGUGCCGCCUCUGGACGUGCACUGGAUAUGGCUGUGCCACAGACUCGCGCCUCAGCAGCAGCAGCAGGCAGAGGCAGUGGCGGUGAGUCGCCGUGUGUGGAACGAGAGGUGGCCGGGUGAUCCCUACGACUUGCACUUCUUCCAGCCAGCGGCUAACACUGCCGCCGGCGCUGCUGCUUCGCUCUCCGCCUUGCACCUCCCGCCCAGCCUGCUCGGUGCUUCCUCUAGCUCCCACUCCACGCUUCGUGCUCCUUCCCCCGGCUCUCCACCUGCUGCUGCUGCUGCUGGUGCGCCAGGAAGCAGGGCGGAGCCGGAAGAAGCGGGGGAGAGUACAGGAGGGGAGGCAGCAGCAGCGUCAGUGCAGGAGAGGAUAUCGUAUGACUUAGAGGCAGCAGUGGCGCGGCAGGCGCGGUUCUACCACCAGAUAGCACGCCCGCACAUGCAGGACGCCAAGUAUCUCCUAGGAGCUGUCGAGCGCUAUAAGGCCUUCCUCUGGCUAGUCAAACACCAUCUCCCUGCUGCUGACUCCGCUGUUGGUGCUGCUGCUGGUGCUGGUGGUGGUGGUGCUGCUGCUGGUGGUGGUGGUGGUGAUGGCAGUGGUGGGGCUGGCAGCAUGUUUAUUCCUGCUCUUGACAUUGAUUUCGUGUGGCAUGCACAUCAGCCCCUCUCUGUGCAGCUCAACACCCCCCCUUCUCGCUUCCACACUUUCGUUCAUAAUAAAAUCCCUCUCUCUCUUAACCUCCCCCGUUUUCGUUCUCACAAGAUAAUCAAGCCGCUGUCCGCCACGUGGCUGGGCUUCUAUGGCCGGCCCUACGCGCGAGCAGGCACCAUUCGCAAGGAGCCCCCUCCUCCUCCCUUCCCAUUCCCCCCUCCCUUGAAAUCCAAGCCUGGAGGGGGAGGAGGGAGCGGGGCAGGGAGCGCCACCAGUGCCGCGAGCAGCAACCCUGGCAGCCACAUCCCCUCGGGAAACAGCUCCCGAGGCACCUCCAAGAUCGCCUCUCCUGUGUCCUCGCCUGGAGCGUCUCCGAUGCAAGAAACGCGGGGCGAUCUGCGCGCCGGCAUCCCCCCUCGGCACGUCUUUGACGCCACGCUCUCCCUCCUCUCCGUCGCCUCUCUGCCCGCCUCCCUCAAAGGCGACCUCUCGCUGCAAAUCUCCGCCCUCUCCGCCUGCCCCUCGCUCCGCCUCCGCUCCCACAAGCUCCCUCUCCCUCUCCCCCUCCCCUCCCCAUCAUCCACCUCUUCUCAGUCCCUCCCGCCAAACGAGCACCCAUGGCCGGGCGCUCCCACGUGGUGGUUAUCCCUAGACGUGGAGACCAAGGGCGUGGUGCUGCAGCUGCUGCUGGAGCCUCCCAAGGGGCGGCUGUCAGGGAUAGCGGGCAUGGCGGGGAUGGGCGGCGCGCACAAGGCGAGGAGUCUGGGCGAGGCGACGGUGCUGUGGAGCGACGUGUUUGGCGCUAAGGACCUCUCGUGGCAUGGCGCCCUGGCACUGGGGUCGGGCGCAGCAGCGGGUGGAAAGGGUUCUUCUGACAAUCCCCAUGUCCGCAUUCACGUCUCCGUCACACCACCUCAGCCGGCACCAGUGCUGCUGAUGCUGCAGCCAGCAGUGGGCACGGACGACACGGGGCUGCAGCUCACAGCAGUGGCAGCGGCGGUGCUGAAGCAGCAGCAGGAGGGGCGGUGGAUGGCACGCACUGUAGUAGACCACACACUCACAGAGCGCUUUGUCCUACGCACCCGAGUGGCCAAGGGGCACGGGUCACAGCAGGUGGAGGUGCCACCGGAGUCGAAGCGGGUGCUGCUGCACAGGGGAGGCUGGUCGCCCUCUCCCAAGGUCAAGGGCGUGCUUGUGGCCGCUGGGGAGCGAGUGGACGAGGUGUGUCAGCUGAGGACCCACCACACCAUGGCAACGCAGCGCACCUGGAUGGCUUACUCUGGCUGGACGCUGCAAGUCUCUCUGCGCCACUCGCACCUCCCCUCCGCCUCCUCUCUCCCCUCCUCCGCCUCUCUCUCCGCCUCCGCCUCCUCCUCGUCUGCCAGUUCGCCGGCCUUCCCAGGCCUGCGAUUCCAUGUGGCUAAGGUGCCAGGGCCACCGAUGGCUCUUGCUCCUGGUCGCCGACUCGCCUAUUCCCGCCCUCGCUCCUCCCUCUCCCCUCCCACCACCUCCUCCUCCACUUCCACACUCCUCCGCUCGUCCAGCACAGCCAGUGCAGCAGCGGCACAUGCCUUCAGGGGGGAGAGAGGCGGAGCGGGCGGGGGGGCCAUGGGAGGCGAAGGGGGAGGGGAGGACAGGGAGGGGGAGGAGGCGGGGUAUGUGACGGUGGUGCGGUAUCCAGAGGACUGCCCAGGGGGCGUGGCCACUGCACUCUUCAACUGGCGCACCGGGGGGAUCGAGGUGCAACCCCACGAGCGGUUGGAUGUGGUGGCGCUGAUGGCGGUGGCAGUAGCGCAGUCAUGGCACGACCUGCACCUCGCUGCCACCACUGCCGGCUCGGCCAGUGCUGCCAGUGCCGCCAAGAAGAAGGGCGCUGGCAGCGCGUCAGCUAAGCCCGCCCCUGUUAAGAUCACCCCCUCUAAGCUGCCGCGGCGGGCUGCCUCUCUGGGCAAGGAUGACCGAUGGGGUUCGGUGGUCGUUGAUCCGUCACCCCCAGAAGCCAUGUCACCCGACCCGCCUCUCCAUGAUUGGUUCAUGUCGCGCAUGCUGAUGUGGCACGACUCGCCGCUCUAUAACACCACUGAUGUAGGUGGUUCUUGCGCAGCACUCCUUGGGGGAAGUGCAUGUGGACCAGGGUGA